GCUAAGUUUGCAGGAACUCGCUGCAAAGUAUGGAUUGUUGGAUCUUCCAUCAUCAGACGAGCUGAAGAUUACUGCACACGUUCACCAAUUGGCCAAAACUUGUCUCUGGAGCACUUAAACAUAGAUGUAACCUGGUCCGGAUCUGGGGGACUAAAAUGGGAGCAACUUGAUCAACACAUUGCUAGUUUGUUAAAUCGCUAUAAUGAAAUCAUUCCUCAAGUUCUAAUAGUUCACUGUGGUGGCAACAGUAUUGGCAUUCAGUCCCUUAAAAAAUUACAAAUAGCCAUGAAAUCAUUAUUAGCCUCCAUUCAUAGAAAAUUACCAAACACUCUUCUUGUAUGGUCAAACAUACUUCCUCGCAAAUACUGGCGUUACAUGAUUUCGAGCGAAGCUGCAGAGAAAUCUAGAAAAAGAAUCAAUAAUUCCAUUGGCUGCUUUGUUGUGCAAAAGUUAAAUGGGGCCCUCAUUCGUUACCCAGAUAUUAGAAUUGAUCAGCCCAAAUUAUUCCUCGAUUGUGUUCAUUUAUCAGAUCUUGGAAAUUCUAUUUUUACAACUACAAUUCAAACGGCAUUGUCCAAGUUUCUGACUUCCAGUCAAAAGGUUUUCCCCACACUCCCAUAAAACACAGUAUCUGUGCAUGGCUUGUAAAAGAAACACCUUCACACCACCCCAUAUUCAUGAUAGUAGUCGCAAUUGCACUGAGUUGCAUUUCAUCCUUCCCUCUCCCCUCCCCCCAGUUAUGCUGAUUGAUGCUUUGAUAUGUUGUGUUAUAUUGCUUUGCCACAUUAUUCAUUGAUGAUACCCUGCAUAUUGUUUUUGUAUUGCUUUGAGAAUCAUUGCGUUGCAUAAGACAUGAUGUCUUGUUUGCCAAAUUGUCCGCCACUUGUUGGCGGAUGGAUUGCUGUCUCGAAAUUCGUGCACAGCAAUCCACUUGGCAGAAUUUUGCAACAAGCCAUCGCUGGCAACUUCUGUUUACCCUCCAGGGUUGUCAGCACCAUAUGGCUCCGUUUCUGCAAACCGUAGGCGCCAAAUGCCAGAUUGAGGAUCGGCGCUUACUCAUUGACACUUGCAUUAAUACUUGAUCAUUGUCCAUUGUUUGAUACCAUUGAUUUAUUAUGUAAUAACCUAUCUUAAACAAAAUAAAGCCAUGACAGAUACUGCCAUUCUGAAUUGCUUAUUCUUUCGAGAUAAUUGCAUUUACCGCCAUGUGCGGUAAAUGCCAGUUAUCGAAGAAGAAUAGCCUAAGCGCGAUAACUCCCCUGUCCUCAACCAAAUUUCCAAAAUAGCCCCAAGCCUUAAAUGCGCUUGCGCACACAUCCUCUUCGCUCGACGAUUUUGAUCACCCACCCGCCCCCACCAUUUUAUGUAGAUUAAUAUUCCUCAUCUAAUCCACACAGUUUUUUCCUUUACACCGAUCAUCCAUAAAACUUGCUUACAUAUACCAGUCAUCCAUAAAAACUGCUUACAUUUAUACAUCACCCUAUUCAGUUACGUACGCGGAUAUGCAUACAUAUAGUAUUUUUAUCAUAGGUAUGUUAGGGCAUAAAUAUUGUGCAUUCAAUUAUUAUUAGUUUUCUCCUGUGUUUCUGCUGUUAUCAUUUCCGAUUCCAGCGCAACAUCGUCCCUCGUCAUGGCUUUAGAGAUCCUUCCAGGCUGCAAUCCAUGCCGACGAACUACAGAAUUUUGCAACAAGCCAUCGCUGGCAACUUCUGUUUACCCUCCAGGGUUGUCAGCACCAUAUGGCUCCGUUUCUGCAAACCGUAGGCGCCAAAUGCCAGAUUGAGGAUCGGCGCUUACUCAUUGACACUUGCAAUAAUACUUGAUCAUUGUCCAUUGUUUGAUACCAUUGAUUUAUUAUGUAAUAACCUAUCUUAAACAAAAUAAAGCCAUGACAGAUACUGCCA